GUAACUGCAACCGAAUUUUAAUCUAACACAGCGGCGCGGGGAAUUUUUGAAUUUAACGUUGAUUCGUGCGAGUUUAAGUUUUAUUAUCACAAUAUGGAAACACCAAAGGAAGAAAAAUUGAGAAGAAUGUCAUAUUCGGAAUUAAAAAAGCAUGCUAAAGAAAAAGGAAUCAAACGAAAUCUAAAGUCUGAUGUCUUAAUUUCUUUAAUACUUGAAAAAGCUAAAGAAGAUGAGGACAGCUUCGUAGCUUUGGAAAAUGAAAUUAUUAAUUCUUGCAAAAAAAACAAGGAAGCAAAGUUUGAGCAAGAUAAGCAAAGUGAAAGUGGCACACCAAGACGUGAGACCUAUACUCUUGAACGUCCUACUGGUGCUGUCACACCUGUUGAUAAUGACCUGGUUGUUUCUUCUGCAUCCCCUGUGUUAAGAAAAACACCUCCUACGAACGAGACUUCUUUUAAUGUUACAAUGAGCCGUGGCUCUGAAAGGAAAAUGAAGAAACGUAAAGUGAGCUUUGUCACUCCUCUGAGAAAGAGUACAAGACUUAGUUCGAUGACUCCUCACUUUGCAAGUGUCAAGGACAGACCCAAAACUCCAAUUCCAUCCAGGGCAUCUUCCGGGCGAAAAUCAUCCCUAUCUGUCAAGGCAAAAAUCUCUUUUGCCGAAACUCCAACUGAAGUGGAAGUUGAAAAUAAUAGCUCCAAAAUAUCUGGUGGAAGAAAAGGAAAGCGUGUUUCCACUCCUAUGCCAUCAUCUAAAUGCAAGAGAAUGAAUUUGAGUUCAUCAGGCCUUCAAGCACCUAUUGCUACUCCUGAAGUGUCAUUUUCUGAGCCAUCUCAAAAGAUCCCAGAAGAAAUUACAGAUUCUGAUGUGAAGAAACCUCUUAAGCCUGUUCUUGAAUUAUCAGCUACACCAGAAAAUAAAAGAACUGCUACUCCAAAAUCUGAUAUGAAAAAGUCUGUUUUUGAAUCUUCAGCUACUUCAGGAAAUAAAAGAACUGCUACUCCAAAAUCUGAUAUGAAGAAACCUGUUAAGCCUGUUUUUGAAUUUUCAGCUACUGCAGGAAAGAAGAUAACUGCUACUCCAAAGUCUGAUAUAAAGAAGGCUGCUUCUCCUUAUGUUGUGAAUCCAAAAAGUAUCAGAACACUUACUCCAAGACCCAACAUCAAGAAAACUGCCACACCACUGUCGGCUAAUCCCAAAAAUAUCAGAAUUGUUACUCCAGGACUCCGAGCUAAGAAAAAUACCCCUCCCCCUUCUAUAAAUGCAAAAAAUAAAAGGUCUCCAAGAUCAUGUGUUAAAAGUGCUACUACUCCAAGUGUGCUUUCAGCAUCCAAAGUAAAAUUACCAAAUUUCAAAGAGCUUCAUCAAAAGGAAUUUGAUAAAAUGGAAUCAAUUGAUGAAUACCAACAGAGGAAAGCUGUCAAUUCAGCUAAGAAGCUUAAGGAGCAUCUUCAUUAUCGCCAAGCUGUCAAAUCUAGUGCUUCUGAGAAAGUUGUUUCUAAGAACAAAGGCAUGAAGAAAUUUGGAGGCAUUCCAUUUAUUCCAUCAAUUACUUCCACUAAGGAUAUGAAAUUGGAUGCAUCUUCUUUUGGAGUACGCUCUGUGGCAAGCAAAAAAUACACCACUGCGUCACGCAAUGAGAAUGCUGCCAAGAAAAAGGAAACUCAAGUUGCAAAGAAACCAGUAAAGAAUGUUUCUCGGGAAAAUACACCUUUAAAGAAAAGAUUCAAGUUUGAUUUGCAAGCAAGCUUGACAAAAAAAUUGACUUAUAAGCCUCACAAAGGACCCAUAAAGCCUUUGGCAGAAAGCAAUGCCAAUAACACAUCUAUUAUAUGUCCAGCCCCCAUCAAGCCUGUAACUGAAAAUAAAGUUGUAGAAGCAAAGAGAGUUGAAUCCAGGAAUGUGCUGCGUGGCGUUCGAGUCAACCGGAGGUUUGAACUGCAGAUGCAGAAGCGAAAACUUGCUUCCUGCUAAAUGUGCUCUGUGACAUUUUAUUCAUUACUUUUGAUAUUUUAAUCGGGCACAUUUUUGUUUGACUAUUUAUCCUUCGCUUUUAGGGUGUUGUUAUUUUAAUAUAUCUGUAUUAUGUGUCAAACCCUAUACUAAUGAUUGCUAGCUGAGUCUUAUUAAUAUUUGUAGUUUGAAUUACAUUGUAUAUAUACACACUCAUAUAUAUAUUUGAUAUUAAAUUUUUUUUAAGCACUG